UCUGCCCGCCAAAACGUUGUCGUUUCAACUCCUCUAAGGGACAAACGACUACAUUUCAGUUUCCCCGUUCUCCGUUUCUACCUGCCCGCAGCCACAAGGAUGCCGUUUCAGCAGCAUUAUGCCGCCGUCGAUCCUCCAACAUUUGAGGAGGAACGUUAAAAAAUGGAGGGCUACUAAAAUUGUCUGCAACUACAAUGAAAGCGCUCUUCUUCCUCCCGAAGCCUCGCUUUCUUCUCUCUCUCACUUCCCUCUUCCACACCAACCCUAACCCUAACCUUAAUUUUCAAAGACCACCAUUUCACAAGCUCAUCAAUAGGCUUCCAUCAUGUCGCCAUUGGGACCUGCCAAUCCCCACUCCCAAACAAUCCCUAAACCCUAACCCUAACCCUAAUUUUUCUCAGUCUGACUUCUCCACCAUUUGCGCUCUCCUCACUGACCCCGCUCUCUCUUCCGGUGCGCCUCUCGAAGAUGCUUUGAACCGGACAGGAAUUAAGCCUUGUUCGGGUCUGUUGCAAGCCAUUUUCAGCCAUUUUGAUGCAUCUCCCAAGCCUUUGUUCACUCUCUUUCGCUGGGCUGUGAAGCAGCCUGGGUUUGAAUCCUCUGUGACUCUCUUCAACUCCAUGAUCGAUGUGCUUGCGAAAUCGCGGGCUUUCGAUUCCGCGUGGUUACUGGUGCUUGACCAUAUAGAGGGUGGAGAGGAACCUGAAUUGGUUUCGAGCAAUACAUUUGCAGUACUGAUAAGGCGGUAUGCUCGCGCAGGUAUGACCUUAUCUGCCAUUCGGACAUUUGAAUUUGCAUUUAGUUUAGAUUCGAUUAGGGACCGAGAUCCAGAAUGGAGUUUGUUUGGGAUUCUAUUGGAUUCUCUCUGUAAGGAAGGGCAUGUUAGAGUAGCUUCUGAAUAUUUUGAUCAACAAAGAGGACUGAACCAGAGUUGGGUUCCUUCAAUUCGAGUAUAUAAUGUAUUAUUGAAUGGUUGGUUUCGAUCAAGGAAGCUCAAGCGUGCAGAGCAGCUUUGGAGAACGAUGAAAAGGGAGAAUGCGAAACCGACUGUUGUAACAUAUGGUACCCUUGUUGAAGGGUAUUGCCGGAUGCGACGUUCUGAGAAGGCAAUUGAAUUAGUGGGUGAGAUGAGGGGGGAAGGAAUUGAGCCAAAUGCAAUUGUAUAUAAUCCAAUAAUUGAUUCAUUAGCAGAAGCAGGGAGGUUUAAGGAGGCAAUGGGGAUGAUGGAACGAUGUUUGGUUUCAGAGACAGGUCCCACUAUUUCAACAUACAAUUCUUUAGUGAAGGGUUUUUGCAAGGCAGGAGAUCUAGUAGGUGCGAGUAAGGUACUCAAGAUGAUGAUUAGUAGGGGUUUUGACCCAACUCUGACAACUUAUAAUUACUUUUUUCGGUACUUCUCAAGACGUGGGAAAACUGAAGAGGGGAUGAACCUUUAUACCAAGAUGAUUGAAUCUGGACAUACCCCAGAUCAGCUCACUUACCAUCUGUUGAUUAAGAUGAUGUGUGAGGAGGAAAGAUUGGACUUGGCAGUGCAAGUUAGCAAGGAAAUGAGAGCUAGGGGAUGCGAUUUGGACUUGGCUACAAGCACCAUGCUGGUCCAUUUACUGUGCAAAAUGCAUAGACUGGAAGAGGCUUUUGCAGAGUUUGAGGACAUGAUUCGAAGAGGAAUUGUUCCUCAGUACCUUACUUUUGAGAGAAUGAAUAAUGCACUAAGAAAACGAGGAUUGACUGAAAUGGCACGGAAAUUAUGUGAUAUGAUGGCAUCUGUCCCUCAUUCAUCAAAGUUACCAAAUACAUAUUCUGGAGAUGGAGAUGCAGAUGCAUCACGGGCAAGGAAAACAAGUAUAAUACAGAGGGCCGAAGCAAUGUCUGAUAUUUUGAAGACUUGUAAUGAUCCGAGAGAACUUGUUAAACGUAGAAGUUCAUUUGAAAAUACUGUAUCAGUUGCAGACCAGUUGAUAGAGGAUAUCAAGAGAAGAGCUAACAAGACAUGAGGCUUUUUUUAAGCCUCUAGAGUUCAACAUCCACAUGAAAGGACUCUUUAUAUGCCUUUUCAAAUUGGGUGACUUUAGUCAGUCACCUGUAGUUUGGUUUUGGAGAGCUUUAUAUGUUGUAACUUGUGUCAGACUAUGCAAUGCUGAAUGCUUCUGAAAGUUCCAAUUUUUUUUUAUAUAUGCAUAGAAUCUGAUGGAAAUUCGUGUUGCAAGAAAGUGAGUAUUAGUAUGAGAAGACAUCAGCAAGUGCAAAACUAGGCUUGUUCUGGAUAAAAAGAAAGAAUCAAUGGAGUGUGAGGGUGGAAGUUGGAGGAUACAAAGAAGCCAUGAAGGUUGAACUCUAAAUGUUUUAGGAUUUGGGAUUUGCUUUGGGGGAACUUUUUAGACUGCAACCAUCUCCAUUCAUUUCUUUUUAUGAGUUUCAACAAAUAACAGUGAAUUUCUUGUGGAGGCCUGGUUCUGUAAUCUUUCAAUUUUGUCUAAGGGAAGACACAAACCAUGUUAAACGGUCCCCUGAUUGCAAGUGAAAUUGUUCACUGUUCUUUUUCCCCUUCUAUUUGUAUCUCUUUUGGUCGGGUGUUAUGAUGUUCAAUUACUUAUUGGAAGCUAUUAUUGAUUUAUUUAUCUUAAGCUUCUUUGCAUUAGCA